AUAAUAAACUAUACAAAAAAGUGUUUCUCGUUUAUUAUAGAGUGUCAGGACUUAAAACUUUAUGGAAAAUGUCUAGUGAGAGCCCCCAGAAGCCCUACAAACGUAAACGCAAGAAGACAUUUCUUCAAAACGCCCGAAAAUACGCUAAAAAAGGCUACUAUGGCCGAGGUUCCCACAUGGAAGCUGAUACUUACCAAUACUUUGUACGUAUCUUAGAAGUCUUCAAGCAGGGAUUUGAAAAUGACGAAGACAAAGCUGUCUUUGUUGAUAAUGUAUUUGAACAAACCCUAGAAAAAGAAAUAGAGUGCUCCUGCAACCAAGUCGGAUGUCGUGUAAUUGAAAUGCUACUCCCUUUUGCCAGCAAUAGUGUUUUGGAACGUUUCAUGAGCAAAUUUGGAGAAGAUUUGAGGCCUUUAUGCCAAGACAGGUUUGCCAGUUUCGUAAUACAAGCCCUAGUUAAAAUAUCUUGUAGCAAACCACAAACCUAUUCUCAUUUUGCUAUAAAAAUAAGCAAAUUUCUAUUGAACAACUUGGAAGACUAUGCUUGGGAUAAUUUUGGUAAUCGCAUCAUUAGGACUUGCUUGUGUGCCUUUAUGAACAUUCCAGAAGACAAUAAAUUGCUCCCUGAAACUACUGAAACAAUUUCAGAAGAGUUUACUGAAAUUGUAAAAGACUAUGGAGAGCGCUUUAUAGUUUGGCCUCAAUUUAGCCAAUUAUGCACCCAGGAACUUACAUCAGGGUUGCUACAAGUAUUACUGAAAGCAAUCAAAAAGGCAGACAAAAAACUCUUAAAAAAAUACCUACAAAAGCUUUUAGAUGAAAACUUUAUCAGUACUGAUGAUAAUAAUGAUGCACUUCCUCCAGCCUUCAUGUCCACAAGCUUGCAAAUGCUUCUAGAAACUUCCAUACAAGUAGCUCCUAAAAAACUCCUAAAACUCUACUGCCAAAAGCUGUUUGAAGGCAGAAUGCUCAAACUAUCUACAAUGAAAACCAGCAAUUUUGCAGUACAAAAACUACUAAACCAAUGCACUGACAAAGAACAAUUUGAAGCCUUAUUUGACGAACUUAUGGACAACUUCCAAGACAUAAUAAAACAAGGCCAUCCAGGUGUCCUUUUAGCCAUUUGCCAAAACUGCAAAAGACUUUCAGCAAGGCAAGGCCCCUUCAUACAAAGCCUAAUAAAAAGCCUAAACUGCUCAGAAUCUGAACAACAAUUUAUAAUGAGUGUCUCUAGAUUAACCCCUUACAAUCCUUCUAAUGCAAUUUCAAAUGAAAACUUGGCAAAAGAUAAGCUAAACUUACAAGGCACCUUAAUGCUUCAGCAAAUGCUUGAAUUCAACAAACCAAUCAAAAUAGUCAACAGCUUAUUAAACAUGGACCUAAUGGAUUUGAAGAAUUUAUUUUCAAACUCCAUGGGCAGCCACAUAGUAGACUCUUAUGUCACAAGCCCUUUUGUUGGAGAAAAAAGCAGAGAAAAACUAACCAGGAAAAUGAAGGGCACCUAUCAAGAAUUAGCUGCUUCUAAAUACGGUUCCAGAUCAUUUGAAGCCAUUUUUAAUGCUGCCAAUAUGAAGACCAAGACUCACAUUAUGGAAGAGUUGGCUUAUAGAGAUGGCAGCUGGGCCAAUACUGACCAUGGCAGGAUAAUUGCAGCCAAAAUCAAUUUGGCUUUGUAUAAAAGGGAUAAGGAGUCGUGGAAGAAUAGUUUUAAUAAGGUUGUGAAGCCUGAAGAAGUGAUGGCGGAUGUAUUGAAAUAAUAAAAUAUUGUGUAUUUGUAACUUUUGUGUUCUUUGUUAAAUUGCUUUCAAUUUUUGGUAUGAUCAGCUCUAAUGUCCUAUAAAAAAUGCCUGAAAAUUUCAUAUUUGUUGGUUUUAUAGUGUUCAAGAUAUAAGUCAAUUUAUGGAAGAUUGACCACCAAAAACUAUGCAUUUAUGUAAAUCCUUAUGUUACUUUUGUGUCCGUUGUUCAAUUGCUUUGAAUUUUUGGUAUAACCUGCUCUAAUGUUUUAUAAAAGAUUCCAGAAAAUUUCAUAUUUGUGGCAUUUAUAGUUUUUGAGAAAUUAUCCCAUUUAUGUAAGAUUGUCAUAUACAUUUCCUUCAGAAACUAUGUAUUUAUGUAAAUCCCUAUGGAACUUUUGUGUCCUUUGUUCAAUUGCUUUGAAUUUUUAGUAUAACCUGCUCUAAUGCCUUAUACAGGAUUCCAGAAAAUUCCAUAUUUGUGGCUUUUAUAGUUUUUGAGAAAUUACCCCAUUUAUGUAAGAUUGUCAUAUACAUUUCCUUCAGAAACUAUGUAUUUAUGUAAAUCCCUAUGCAACUUUUGUGUCCUUUGUUCAAUUGCUUUGAAUUUUUGGUAUAACCUACUCUAAUGCCUUAUACAGGAUACCAGAAAAUUUCAUAUUAGUGGCUUUUAUAGUUU